GGGUGAUAAAGGCUUGUAUCAUAUUUUAGUUCUAAUUCUGUAAUUGAGGUAACAGGCUCUUAGGGUGAAACAUAAAGAUUAAAAGAAGGAAUACUUAAAAUGGAAUCAUUUGAAAGUGCGGAUACUGUUCCAAAGAGACUCAGAUAUUGGGCUAAACAGCAACCUGACCGAGAAGCCAUAGUUUUUGUAUCGCGAAACAAACCUAGGGCAACGCUUACAUCACGAGAAAUUUAUGAUCGGUCGAUGAAAUUUGGAAAUCAUCUGGCUCUGAUUGGAUUUAAACCAGGACGCGUGGUCUGCAGUUUCAUUCCUGACUCACCUGAAGGUCUGGUAGCCUUCUUUGGAAUUAUAUGUGCUGGUGGUAUUGUCCAGAACAGUACGAUUCAUGUGGCGGAUGGGACAUAUCUUCUAAAUAAUCUACAUAAGUCAAAAUGCCAAGCUGUCAUACUUUCCUCCGAUCCUGAUAACCAAGCCAAUCAAAUUUUGUCUCGACAUUUUGAUAGCGUCUCUGGCAAUCGGGUGAUAUCCAGUAAAUUGCCACAUCUAAAGUACGUCAUUUAUACCGGAUCGAAUACAUUACCGGAUGACUUAGGAUUUGUGUGGCAAGAUCAAGUAGAGUCAACGGAACGCGUUGAAGAAUUAUCAAUAAAAGCUGAUGAUGGUGUCGUUAUAGUGAUUUCUUCGGGAACAACUGGAAUCUCAAAAUUGAUUUUAUAUAGCCACCGUAACCUAAAAUACCUGGGUGAUAUGAUAUUUUCGGAUAUCAACGAACCUGAAAUUUCUAUUUUAGACCCCCAUCCAUUUAAUUGGGCUUGGGGUUUGCCCGUUUGGUAUUUGAAAACAGGCUGUAAAAGGAUUUCAUUAGAUCAUAGUAAUGUUCCAAAGGAUGCAGAGUAUUUUCAAUUUCUUAGAGACAUUAUAAUGCAAGAAAAGUGCCGGGUUGCUAAAUUAUCAGCAGCGACAGCCCUGCGUCUGAUGCAUAUAAAUCAAACGGAUUCAAUUACUUAUCCCAAAUGGCCAUUAGAGAUAGCGUAUGUUACUGGACAGCCAUUAAAAAAGAACGUACUAUCAAUUAUUGACACUUUAACCAAAACUGUAAUUAAUACAUAUGGGAUGUCAGAAAUCGGGGUGGUCAGCGCUAAGAUAAUCACCAAGUAUUCAGGAUUUGAGGAUUUUGAUGCAGGAUUUUUGAAGAAAGGAGUCACCGUAAAAAUUGUUGAUGAUAAUAUGGACGAGGUUCACACAAGACAAUAUGGUCAUAUUUUGGUCAAAAGUCCAAGUGUUUUUAAAGGAUAUGUCGGAGAAGAGGAUAAAACACGCUCAGCUUUCACAGAGGAUGGCUGGUUUCUAACUAAUGAUUAUGGCUGUUUAUGUGAAAACGGCGAAAUGAUAGUACAAGGCAGAUUUAAUGAUGUUAUAAUGCGAGGGGAGAACUAUUUUCAUCCAUCAUGGAUUGAGAAUAUAAUUAGAGGAUGCUCUGGUGUGGUUGAUGUUCUUGUUGUUAAAGUUCCCGAUGAAGAAUUAUUUAACGAAAUUUGUGCUUGUUUUCUUCCGAAACCAAAUUCAAAUAUUACGCCUGAUAACGUAAAUGAAUUUUGUAAGAAACAGUUUGUAAAUCAUAAUUCUAACGAUAAGACGGCCUGUCCAAAAUAUUACUUAAAGUUUGAUUCUUUUCCACUCAAUCGGAAUGGAAAAACAGACAAAAAAGCGGUGGAAGAAAAAGCUGCCAAGUUGCUUCAACUGAUAUAAACUUUUAUGAUAAUUCAGAAAUCCGAAAUUAUAACUGAUAUAAACAUUUAUGAUAAUUCAGAAAUCCGAAAUUAAUUUCAUAAAUAUAGUUGCAUACAUGUACACAUAACACCUUAUUUUUGAUCAAGCCGAGGGUUUAAUCUUACUCAUUAUUAGACCAGAAACAGGGCCCCAACCGCUACGCAUCGCGUUGUUCUUGUUACGUUAUUAGGGGCGAGGCUCUCUGCCAAUUCAUGUUAUAUUAUUAUUAGGUUUAUAAUCCUUGUGCAUGUUAUUAUGAUUAUUAUGGUUUUAAUCCAUUUGUGUGGUAUUAUAAUUAUGUUUUUAAUCCAUUGAUGUAAUAUUAUGGUUAUGUUGUUAAUCAGUUUAUAUGAUAUUAUGAUUAUGUUUAUUAUAAUACAUUUGUAUGGUAUUAUGGUUAUGCGUUUAACAUCGUGUGAUAUUAUGAUUAUGUUUUAACCCAUUAUGUGAUUUUAUGAUUAUGUUUUUAUACUUCCACAUGGACAUGUGCCGGUAUAUUGCCAUCGCCUCCGUCCAUGCGUCCUUUCGUCGUCCACAAUUUCUUGUGAACACUCUACAAACUACUGUACAUUUAUUAUCUGAUCUUUUUUAAGUGUAGGUUAUCUAUUAUGUGGUUAACAUUAGUGAGACAAAGGAUCCUGUUUAAUUUAUCCUCCGAUCUGUAUUAAAUCCAUUUGCAUUAUUUAGGUAAGUAAAACGAGAGGCCUGUCGAAUUUCAGCAAAUUAUGUAUUUAUGACUUCUAAUGUUAGGGUCCUUGUUUCACUUUGUUGAACCAUGUGAAUGCUCUGGCGACAAAAGUUAUCAUCAGAUCUGUAUUAAAUUUAUAUGCACAAUUUAGAUUAGUAAAACAAAGAAUCUUAGAAUUUCAUCAAUUUCCGUAUAUUACUUCUAAAGUUAUCACCUGGUGUGUAUGAAAUUGAUAUCAGUGUCUUGUAGAUGCACCCAUUGGUCAUUACUUACAAAAGAAUAAAUAUAAUAUGUGACAACCCUUGUCGACUGCUGUGGGCGUAUGUUUCGUUUGUGUGAUAUUAUGAUUAUGUUUUUAUUCCAUUUGUGUAAUAUGUUUUUAAUGUUGUGUGCUAUGAAUUCUAACCAUAUCCUAUUAAAUCUUAAACUAGAAUUAUGAUGAUAUGCAAAAUAUACCGUGCAAUAUACAGCUAUAACAACUUGCGUAUAUUCACCCACUAGGCACAAUAGCAAAUUUUGAGUUUAAGUGGCAAAAUAUUUCACAGAUCAUAAAUAUUAUGUUUUAUGUAUCGACGAAAUUAAUUUUUUUAGGUGCUAUAUAUACUCGAAUAACGGAGAGGGGCUUAUCCUUUCAUAAACAACGGGUACCAAUUUGGAUUAUUGCACUUAUCGUUUGCGACAAUUCCACUUGCGUUCAUGACUGGAUCUUGCCGAUUUCAUCCGCUGGACUACUGAUAAUGUUCGACAAUGCUUAGUGGAUGUCAAUAGGGGAAAUUUACUUAUAUCGCCUUCUUAUCAACGACAUCCUGUAGUGUACUGGGUGGAUGAUUUGGAUUAGGAUUUCAUAAAUCGAAUCUACUAGGUAGAAGAUAACUAGUGAGGGCAAGCGUAGCCCGAUUGAUGUUUUCAAAAUGUUUGCAUUAUUUGUAUACAUCAUAAAAACAACAGCAUCUUUUAAC